UUGCGGUUGUGGUAUGCUUUCAUUCUUUCAAUGUCAGCGUGACCUGAUAGUGUGUUUCUUAUACAUCAGAGCUGUAUGGUUAUUUUUUGUAAAUCCUCUAUAUUUGAAAGCCUAAAGGAAGGCUCCCUGCACCUGCCAUCUGAGUUCAUGCACCUGCACACACAGAGUGCUCUGCUUUCAGCUUUUGUUUUAUGUUGAGCAACUUGUCAUUUUCAACUGGGUCAACUGCAUCUGUUAGACAUCAGUCUCUGUCCCAUUAUCUAGUCCCCACUCUUUUAUUGCAACACCAAUAUUUUAUUGUGAACUGUCACUACCUCAGUAGAUGUAAUCACAGUCUGAAAGGUCUGCUGCUCCACCAUUUUAAUAGUGAUAAGUGAUAAUAGCAUUUUCACAUUCAUUACAGUAAAAACAUAGACAUGCUGAUUUAGAUAAACGCUUGAAGUUGUGAAGGUGUCGAGUAUUUUGACCCGAACGGCUGCAAACUACCAUCCAUCGAGUAGUGAGAUUAAAUCAACAUAAAGCCACUGUGCUGCUAUUUUUACCACGGCGCUGUCUCCUUCAGAUUUACUGGCUGCAGUCUUAUCUGAUUUUGUGGAAUAUCCAUCUGAGCGGAAUAUCUGCGGUGGCCAAAGGCCCUCAUUUAAUCUGCUGUUAAUGGGUUUAAAAACAACACCUGUGAGACCACACACUUCCUCUCUGGGGGAACAUAGCGUGGAAUUGCACACAAAGCGCCAGCCUUUAUGGCCUGAUGUUAACUGCGAGGCAUGACGUGUAAAUAUCCAUCACUUAAGGGGAGCAGUCUUCUGUCUUUUUUGGUGUGCAGUACAUCUUCUCUUUCUGUUGGACGGCUGUACUAAACAGCAUGCAUUUGAUGGCAGUGUUUCAUGAUGUGGAAUGUCAAGUGCAGGCUCUCUCACAGCAUGCUACCUAAUCAUAAUUCAUGUGUAGCGAAAAGAGAAAUGUGUGCUGUGCGAAACAUCCAGAUAUCAAACCACAUUCUACUCAGAACAAAAGGAUCUAUAUUGUAGCAAGCGACUCUGACUCAAAAGCGUGCUCCGACUGAGUUAAAAGACCUUGGUGGAUGCAAUGCAGAGCAACGCUUUUUCAGGAGACAAGUAUGCAUUCUCCUGAUUUGGAAUCUGAUUUCCGUGGAAGGGCGAAUAAAAGUAACAUUAUUAGCAGCAUCUGUAAUGUCGUUAUGUGACUGGCACAUUUAUUUUUUAUGCGCGCUCCAUAUUAACCCUGAUUUUUUUAUUUUUGUUUUCCAGACCGUCUAAUUCCAGAGAUUUGGAGAGCGAGCAACAGCAGCUGAUAAAUUAUGAAUGUUGAACAAGAUGACCUCUUACCAUUGGAACCAGAUGAUGAGAGGUCCUAGAUGGAAAGGAGCCGUGUCUGACCCGCUGUGCGUGCUGCUGCUGUUCCUGCAGCUCUUGGUGGUGGCCGGCCUGGUGCGUGCCCAGUCGUGUCCGUCCGUGUGCUCCUGCAGCAACCAGUUCAGCAAGGUCAUCUGCACGCGCCGCGGCCUGCGUGACGUCCCCGAUGGCGUGUCCACCAACACGCGCUACCUGAACCUGCAGGACAAUCUCAUCCAGGUCAUCAAGGUGGACAGCUUCAAGCACCUGCGCCACCUCGAGGUCCUGCAGCUCAGCAAGAACCACAUCCGGAGCAUCGAGAUCGGCGCCUUCAAUGGACUCGCCAGUCUCAACACGCUGGAGCUUUUCGACAAUCGCCUUACUACCAUUCCCAACGCAGCCUUCGAGUACCUGUCCAAGCUGAAGGAGCUGUGGCUGAGGAACAACCCCAUCGAGAGCAUCCAUGCCUACGCCUUCAACCGCCUCCCGUCCCUGCAGCGGCUUGACCUGGGCGAGCUCAAGCGGCUCUCCUACGUCUCCCAGGCGGCGUUCAAAGGCUUGAGCAACCUGCGCUAUCUCAACCUGGGCAUGUGCAACCUCAAGGAGAUCCCCAACACCGUGCCCCUGGAGAGGCUGGAGGAGCUGGAGCUCUCGGGCAACCAGCUCUCGGUGCUCCAGCCCGGCUCCUUCCGCGGGCUCGCCAACCUCAAGCGGCUGUGGAUGAUGCACGCGCAGAUCCAGACCAUCGAGAGGAACUCCUUCGACGACCUGCAGUCGCUGAUCGAGCUCAACCUGGCCCACAAUAAUCUCACCCUCCUCCCACACGAGCUCUUCAAUCCCCUACAGCGCUUGGAGAGGGUGCACCUACACCACAACCCUUGGAGUUGCAACUGCGACAUACUUUGGCUCAGCUGGUGGCUGAAGGAAGUGGCUCCCGCUAACGUUAGCUGCUGCGCCCGCUGCUACUCUCCGGUCAACUACAGGGGACGAUACAUCGGAGACCUUGACCAGAGCUAUUUUCAGUGUCAUGCUCCUAUCAUAGCAGAGCCGCCCACAGACCUUAACGUAACAGAGGGGAUGUCUGCAGAACUCAGAUGCGGAACAAACACAUGGACCUCAAUCACCUGGCUGACGCCGAACGCCACCAUAGUAAAUAUUGGUGCUGUCCCCUCGAGAAUCUCCGUUCUCAAUGACGGGACGCUGGUCUUUUCCAAUGUUUCAAUGGUGGACAUAGGGAGGUAUACGUGCAUAGUCGUCAACAUGGCAGGCAACACGUCUGCGUCGGCUUUUCUAAACGUGACGUCCAUAGAGAACAGUGGCGUCACCUACUUCACCACGGUCACUGUUGAAACGAUCGAGUCGAUCGAAGAGGGCAGGACCCCCGUCCAGCCGGCCAACAGCUGGGCAUCGUCCUCCACCACCAGGGGGACGCCCGUCGCCACGGAGAGAGCCUACACCAUCCCUGUGACGGACAUCGACGCCGAGAGUGUGGACGGUCUGGACGAGGUCAUGAAGACGACCAAGAUCAUUAUCGGCUGCUUUGUAGCGAUCACACUCAUGGCUGCCGUCAUGCUCAUCAUCUUCUAUAAGAUGCGCAAGCAGCAUCACCUGCAGGACCCCGACGGCCCCACGCAGACCAUCGAGAUCAUAAACGUGGACGAGGAGCUAACGGGGAUUCCUUCCUUAGACAACCAUCUGACACUCCCCCAUCUGGGGCACGACCACCAAUUGUACAAUCAUUACAAUUCCUAUAAGACUCCUUAUAACCACGGCCCCACAAUCAGUUCCUUGCAUACUUCAGCGCAUGAACCUUUACUAAUCCAAGCCAGCUCAAAAGACAAUGUUCAAGAGACGCAAAUCUAGUCUGUCUGAGUUGCAAAUAAUGGGUUGGCAUUGGACUGGGUUAAAGAGGUAGUGGAAUUACAUGAAAAAAAAUUUAGUGUCUCACUAAAUUUGUAGAAAAUUGGUGGUUUCAUUUAGAUGUCAAGCUGUGGUCCGUCUUUAAUGGAUUACAUGAAUGUCAUUUCAGAGGUGAGAUUAGGAUCAUAAAAUGUAGGAAUAAUUCAACCAAUGGACAGAAUCCUUCUGUGUAAAGCAACAGAUGGACUUGUGUGAGGGAGAGAGACAACAUUUAUCAAUGUCAUUGACAAGAUGUAUGUACUCUUUAAACAAGUGUCUUUACAAAACAAAAGUUAUUUAUUUCAAAUAUAUGUAGUGGCUGAGUCAAGGAAGAAAAAGAACAUUUUUUCAAUCAGCACUUAUCAUUUUAUUUUACGUUUAUUUGGGGAAAAAAUGGUUUACCUAAUAUGUCUGCACAUUAGUGUUCAGCAAUGUAACUUUUUGGAAAU